AUGUCGGCCGCUACCGUAUGUAUUCUUCUAUUCAAGAAUACCCCUCUCAGGCAGAAUUCAACUGAUUCUGAAUGCUCAGCUGAUUUCUGUCCAAAAGAGCUAGUUCCACCAGCAGCUUUACCCAUGAUGGAUGAAGAACUUAAGAGCCUGGAAAAGGAAAGCCAUAAGGCAUUGAAUGACCGUAGCCCUGCGGACGCUUUUAUGAAGCGUAUACCCAGAACUUCUGCUUCUAAGGGAUUCAAUAUUUCCAAAUUCAUCCUGAAGAAUUUCCUUGCAACCGGCACAACAAUUAAUAUGCACGAUCAUCGACCUAGUGGCAUGUGGACUAGAGGUAUUUUCAAGACAUAG